AUGGAGGAUGUGCAAGAAGCUCAGGUUGCUUUCCUGGAUGAUUUGUUCAGCUCGAAAUUCGCGAUACAGGACGUUGUAGAGGACGACUUCUUUUCCUCAGAGGAACGCGAAAUUGACACUACGCCUCCCGAAGAAAGUGACAGACAGAGCUCUGAGGAUGAUCUCGCCGAGCUCCUCGAACUCAUCAACAGCAUCAAGCUUCUACCGGGAUCCUCAAAGAUCAGCUAUGCAACAGCGGGCAUGUUCAAUGGCGUCAACAGCCAUCCCAUCGACACGGGGGCCUUCUUUCAAGUACGCAAGCUAGAUCAGCCCGGACACAACAGGCAGAUAGUGGCCAAGUAUCCCAGGCUCGACCCUGCACGGAAAGGCGGCGGCAUUUCACGCAAGAACAUCGAGGCCAUCAAGCUGGAGAUCCAAGCGCUCUCGCACCAGCCGAUUCUUGAUCAUCCCAACGUUGUAGAUCUACUGGGCUUCUCGUGGGCAAGGAUGAGUGCCGUCGAAGAACGCAAUCAGAUUGUACCGGUGCUACUACUCGAGUUUGCAUCCCAUGGCACCUUGCGAGACUACCUGUGCGAUAACGCAACCUCGCCGGCAGAGCGACUUCGGCUGGGAAAAGGUCUAGGGGAAGGACUUGACGCGCUGCACAAGUCGGGAAUUGUCCACGGAGACCUCAAGCUGGACAACGCUCUGGUUUUCGACCAUCCGGAUGGCGGCGUCGUAGCGAAGCUAGCAGACUUCGGAUCUGCCGUCCAGCUUCUGGAGGGCGGUUACCAGUACAGAGGCGGUACCCCUCCCUGGACUGCCCCGGAGUGGCGCAAGAGUAUUGAGCCUUGGGAGCAGCAUGCUGCCGACAUCUACUCGUUUGGCCUCCUGGUCUGGACGUUGUGCCUCGAAGGUAGGAACCCCUUUUCUGGCCUGUCCGCCAACGAAAUAGAAGAUCGAAAAACGCGCGAUGUGACCGAGAGCGAUGCUGUCAAGUCUGUCGCCGACCACUACGAGUUUUUUCGACAUGCCGUGGAGAUUUCGACUGAGCUGGAGCAAUUCGAGCUCUACCUCACGUCCGUGAUCUGCCCGCGCAAAGCCUUCAGAUACACAUUAAGAUUCGAUACCCACCAGCGGGACCUGGGCGCGGCGUUAUCAGCCCUUUCAGUCGAUGACUUUUACAGUGCAAACGAAGACCAGGAUGAGUCGGCUUCGAAAGAGUCACCUCUGAUGUUGAAGGAAUACAAGAGUAUCAAUACAUACACCAAACUCACCGAUAUGCCAGAACAGGUACGGCAGUGUCUUUUCCGUAGUUUCACAGCUGCGGUCAACGAGAGUCAGGCGGCCCAGCUCGAAAAGGCUGGGAUGUGCUUCCAACUAGGACUGGCCUGCCUAGAUGGGUUCACGAGCUACUGGAGCAUUCCUGCGGCCCUGACCUGGCUUGAGAAGGCGGCCACGCUGGGGUCAGAGGCCGCGCGUGGUGUGAUCUAUCGCAUUUUCUGUGCCACUGCACGAUCCAAGCUUGAGCAGGAUCCAGAACUAGCCAGUCGUUUGCGAGGCUUCUUGGCCGCCGCGACUGCCAUGGGCUCCAGCAGUGCCAGAAAAAGUCUGUGCGAGCUUGAUGUAGAGGCUGCUCGCGUUUUCACGGAAACCUUCAAGGGUCGCUUUCUCCCAGAAGGCAUGGACGCGGUUUCCAUGAGACUUGACAAGGAGGUUCUCGAAGCUGUCAUCCAUCCGCGCUGGCAGGAGGGCCUUUCUCCGGGUCAGAAAACAAAGUUUCAGGACCAGCGAUCAAGAACAUACCUCAACCGGAAGAAGGGAAGCAUUCUGCAUUUCGCCAGCGCGUAUGGUGUGGACAGAGAUGGUUUCGAGGCAUUUCUUGACUUGGAGAAACCUGAUGUAAACGCGAAGGAUGCUGAUGGAAACACGCCGCUGCUGAUGGCGAUGCGCACAGGGCAUGCACACCUGGCACUGGCACUACUUCGUUACGGAGCUGAUCCUAACGCUUCGAACAAUCUGGGACAGAGGGCCUGUCAUUGGACUAUCCAUGUCGAUGACCAAGGAUUACUGCAAGAACUCAUCUCCGUCAUGGUUAGUAAAGGCGCAGAUCUCGAGGCCGUUGCCAAGCGAACAGAUGUCAGCGAUGGCCAAGUCUACAGACAGGAGCAGUACGAGGGCACACCCCUAUUCUGGGCUGUUGUUGAAGGCAGGGACGAUGUCAUCUCAGCCUUGCUCAAGAACGGAGCUUGCGCUACCACUCCCGGCACAUACAUGAGUCCCUUUGAUCUUGCUGUGGGGUACAACGCCUGGCGAACCAUCAGGCUCUUUUCUCAGCACGCUCAACAUCCCAUCACAUCGCGGAUUGUCGGGCCUACCCGGAGUAAAAAUAUAGGUGGCUCUCUUGAUAUAAUUACAGAGGACUGGGUCUCUUUCGCCAUGUGCUGCUUCCCGCGCCAUUACCACAUGAUGAGGCAUGGCCACUGUUAUGGGGAUGCGCUCAAACUCACCUUGGUGGAACUAAAGAGAGCCAAGCUUCUCGAAAACGACGUACUUGGACCACUUCGCAAAGCCCUUCAGAGUGGAGGACCGAUGGUAGACGACCUGUUGUGGUAUCAGAGCUGCAGAAUGAGGCCCGUCUCGUCAUGGGAUCUUGCCGCGAUGUUCAUUGAUGAGGCCUCUCACAUCAGCCCAGAUGCGGCGUCGAUCCUGCUGGACGGGAUGGCUGCCGAUGAGGGAAAUGGCCCCUUGCCAGAUCUGACUCCUCUCCUCUUCACAUACCCCAGCUCUCACCGUGCUGAGGUUGGGAUAUUUUCGAGAUUAUUGGAUUUAAUCAAUCCGGCGUCAGUCGACAUUCCAGAUGUGCAUGGAGUAACAUCGUACCCAUCGGUCAAAGUCAACAUCCUCCACCUUCUAAUCUUGGUAAACGAGGAUACAUCUCUGGCUGGACUCCGAUAUCUACUUGAGCCGCAACAUCCCUUUCACGACCGCAAGCCGGACUUCGUUGUCUGUAAAGAACUAGGCUUGACAGCGCUUACAUAUGCCGCGAGAUGGGGGAACACAAUCUUGUUCAAUUACCUUCUCAACCAUUUCCACUCCAGCGAGGCGCUGGAUAUGCGGGGCCUCAACUACGGUGACACGGCGCUACACACAGCCGCCAUUCAUGGCAACUACGAUGUGGCUGUGGCCCUCGUCAACCGAGGCGCGAAAAUCAACGUCCUUGCACAUACGGAGGACGGGAAGCUCAUGUCGCCACUGGACUUUUGCUACGAUACGGACACUUACAGCACAAAUGUCCCCCGCACAAGCAGACAUUGGGAAGGUCUCUGGGUCGCACGGCUUCGUACAGCCAAGUUCCUUGCUGACAGGGGCGGAAGGAUGCUGGUACGCCACGCCAUGCCCAUUGCCUUCCAUUUCCUGGUACACGCCUGCUCGGGAAACUGGUCAAGGCUGUUCGCGGAAGCGUUUGAGCAGACUCCCGAAGACCUCAGAACGCAGGAGUACCUGGACACAUUGCUGUUCCGAGCUGCCGACUCUGGCAGCGAGGACGUCGUGAGUCUCCUUAUCGACGCCGGAGCCUGCGUCAAUGCCCGGUCGGCGCGUGGACAGACGCCGCUCCAUCGGGCGGCCCAGCGUGGGUACAUGUAUGUUGCCAGGGUGCUCGUCCAGCGCGGUGCGGACGUGGGGCUCCGUGACGACAAGAGCCGGACAGCAGCUGUGCAGGCCUUCACCCACGAUCACGACAGCUUAGUCAUGUAUCUCCUGGCUCAAGGGUCGCCUCGGGACCUUCCGACCAUGACCGAGGUGCCAUACACUGUGGAUUAUCUGGAUCGACGGACGAACACGACUUCUGCACAGUCGAUCAUCGCUACAGUAUGCUUCUUGCAUCCGCCCAUGCCAGAGGAACCGGGGGCGAGUGCAGAGGAAACUGACAGAACGAGCUAUUGGGUGCUGAGGGUGCGCCGACCAGUUGAGGGCGGUGAUGACAAGAGUCCUUCGCCGGUCGUGAAGAGUGGCAAAGAGGACGAGAGGUUGCUGAUCAAUAUGAGAGGCGAAGGUUUCCAGGCGGCCUGGAAAGCGGCGCAAGAGCGGGCUAACGAGAGCGGGCCAGCACCGAGAAGGAACGAGUAG